AUGAAACUUCGACUGAUUUUCGGUCACUACUACGAUCCAGAAUGUUCUAGAACUAUAAAUAUAAUUUUACGCUUGUAUUGUUUAACGUACACGUAUGAGUUACUAUUUAUGGAAAUUCAACGGGCCUUGGAAUACAUUAAUAUUCGUCCAUUGGAGUACAGUAUUUUUCGGAUGUUUCCAUUAAAUGCCUUUCUUCCUUUGAAAUUUGUCAGCUUAUGCAUUACAUAUAUAAUCGUGAGCGCUCAAUUCACAAGUUUGAUGUAA